GGGUUACAGUCUGGGUAAGUUGCUUAGGUAUCAAGUGUAGGGAGGUACAGACUCAAUACCUGUACUUUCUACAUACAUGUAUCCGAGAUUAUCUUGUGUAAAGUACACGAUAGGUAUUCCAGAAGUGCCCGACGGUCCCGAUUAUACUCUUUUAUUAUUGUUAUUAUUGUUAUUGUUAAUCUAAACUCAUUCAUUCAAUUAUCAUUCAAAGACCUUUUUCCUAAGCGAGCCUUAAUUGAGAGUGAUAGUGUUAUUUCCUUAUCUCUCUUGGUGGAAGUGCGCAUGUCUGUGUUUUGAGACAUCUGGAGUACAUACCUGAAUUCAAAGCAUUACAUGUACCUCGUAGGCAUGUGAACGGGAUCACAACAUAUAGGACUUGUAUGGCAACAUUUAGAAUGAAACCCUUCGCGACACUUCCGCGGAAUCUUCUGCUACUACUCCUAACCGUCGCAUCCUCGACAGCAGCUCCUCAUGGAUGGGAACCGGCCGGACAGUCUGUAUUAAAACACCAACCUAGUUCAGGAAGACGAGGCGCUGUCGCCUCCGAGAGCAAAAUAUGUAGUCAAAUCGGUAUUGAUCUUCUUGCUCAGGGUGGUAAUGCUGUCGAUGCCUUUGUUGGUACCCAGCUAUGUGUUGGCGUUAUUGGCAUGUAUCAUUCGGGUCUUGGUGGCGGAGGAUUUAGUCUGAUCCGCGGCAACGAUGGCAAUUACACCGUCAUUGACUAUCGCGAAUCUGCGCCUCUCGCAGCGCACGAAAAUAUGUAUAAGGAUAACAUCAUAGGUAGCGUUUUCGGCGGGCUGUCUGUAGGUGUACCGGGCGAACUGCGAGGUUUAGAAUACGCUCAUAAUAAGUUCGGCUCAUUAUCUUGGAAAUCCGUCGUCCAACCUGCGGCCUCCGUAGCGCGAGAUGGGUUCUCUGUUGGGCAAGAUAUGGUGGCUUAUAUGGGAUUCGGUCUCAAGGUAGCCGGCUGGAAUUUCUUGGUAGAAGAUCCCGCAUGGGCACCAGACUUUGCGCCGAAUGGGACGUUGGUGAAGUUGGGCGAUAUCAUGACGCGAAAGCGCUACGCAGAAACCCUUGAGCAGGUAGCCGAACACGGCGCCGAUAUCUUCUACAACGGCCCGAUAGCCGAGGCCACGAUCAGAUAUAUCCAGCAACAUAACGGGACCAUGACCCUCGAGGAUAUGCGUAGCUACGAGGCCGUCAUCCGCGAGCCCGUCAACAUCCAUUACCGAGGCUAUAAGCUCUUCUCCGCAGGUGUCCCCAGCAGCGGCGCUGUGUGUCUCAGUACACUCAAGACGAUGGAAGGUUACGACUCUGCCGACACCUUUGCCGAUGCUAAUCUAACCUUACAUCGCUUCGACGAAUCCAUGCGCUUCGCCUACGGCGCCCACCAAGCCCUCGGGGACCCCGCCUUCGUGUCCUCCGCCGCACCCCUCGAGGCUGCCAUGCUGGAUACCUCGCACCUCUCCUCGAUCCGCGACCGGAUCCGCGACGACACCACGCAACCCGUGAAGAAUUAUGACCCACAGGGCAUAUACGUUCCCUCGACUCACGGCACUUCGCACAUAUCCACGGCUGACAGCGACGGGAUGGCCGUCUCCUCGACCACAACGGUGAACCUGCUCUUCGGUAGCCUCCUCAUGGUCCCCGAGACGGGCGUCGUGCUCAACGACGAGAUGAACGACUUCUCCAUCCCCGGCUUCCACAACGAAUUCGGCUACGCCCCCAGCCCCGCCAACUACGUGCGCCCCGGCAAGCGGCCCCUCUCCUCCAUCACCCCCGUCAUCGCCGAGACCUCCCACGGCCACCUCGCCGCCGUCGUCGGCGCCGCAGGCGGCUCCCGCAUCAUCAGCUCCACCACCCAGGUCCUCUGGCACCUCCUCGACCGCAACCUCUCCGCCAUAAACGCCGUCGCCGCCCCCCGCUUCCACGACCAGCUCAUGCCCAACCAGGUCACCUUCGAGUACUCCUUCGACAACGCCACCGUCGCCAGCAUGCGCGGCAGGGGCCACAAUGUCACGUGGGUGCGCGAGGGGUUCAGUGCCGUGCAGGCUAUUCGCGUGCUUGAUGAUGAGGAUAACGAUGGCGAUGAGAGUAGGAAGGGGAAGGGGAAGGGACCGAGGUUCGAGGCGGCGAGCGAGAGGAGACAGAAGGAUAGCGGGGGGUUGACUUUGUAGUUAGAGAGUUUGGGGAUGUUAGAUCGGUGUGUACCUAGGUGUUGUGGCUCUCUGGUUUUGUUGUUAUUGUUGUUGUUGUUAUUUUAUAGAUGUCAUCAUGGGUGAUAAAUAUAGAUUUCUGUAUACCUACCUACCUACCUUAGAUCUAUGUGGAUACCUACUUUAAACUAUUA